GCCGAAGCUGGGAUUUACAGAUCCAAUGCCUAAAAAUUUUGGUGGGGAUGGGGAACAGGAGUACCCCUAAAAAACCCACUCUCACUUGUCGGGACCGAAUUAAAGCCCGGUAAAACUAGAUUAACCAAUCACUACUGUUUAUCAUUGAGAGGCAUGUGCGCAUGCGGCCGCCAUUACUAUGUGAUGAAGUUCCAACUGACAGACAAUGUAAAAUGGCUGAGACUGACAGUCGUCGGACUAAGUCACGACCCGAAAGAACGAAGGGAACACAGUGCUAUGCCAUUAACUGUUACACAUACCGUAACCAAGAGUCGAAGGCGGAGGGUGUUACGUUUCACAAAUUUCCAGACAAAAUUAAGAACAAGGAAUUGUAUGAACUUUGGGUGAGAAAUUGCGGAAGAGAGCGCGAGCCAACAAAUGGUUCUAGAAUAUGUAGUAAGCACUUUGACUCAUCAAUGAUCAACAGAACGUUGCAACGAACACAUUUGCGAGAAGAUGCAGUUCCCAUAAUCUUCAAAUUACGUGAACAUCGUCAGCCUCGGAAAGCAGGAAAACGAAAGUCAAACACAAGUACAAAAGCCCUGCUGACUACUAGUCUGCCAAAUGAAGAAGAAAAUUAUGACACAGCUUCAACUUCAGUGACGGUUGAAGAACAAAUUACAAAGGAGCAUUCUUACCAUAUCUGUCAAGAUGAUAUGAAAAGAAGAAUUAUGUCCCUACAACAGAGCAAUGAAGAACUCCGUAAAAGUAUAAGGAAUGCAAAACUGCGUGAAAAGCGUGCUAAGGGUACAAGCAAAGCAUUGUUGCAGGAGCUUGUGGGAAAGAACCUAAUCACUGCAGAGCUAGAGAUGAAGCUGGCUUCAUACAAAGAUAUUCCUUGGGAGCUUUUUAGCAAGCCAUCCUGUCACUAUAGUAAAGACCAAAGAAACUUUGCAUUGACAUUACAUUUGUACUCUCCAAAGGCAUACAAGUACUUGAGAGACACCAUAAACUUAAGUCUCCCGGCACCAAGGACUUUGCGAAGAUGGCUAGAGGAAGAUGGAGAGCCAGUGCUGCAGAAAUGAUUUUCACAUGAAAUAGCAGAAUUUGGCUAGCAUAUAAUUAUGAAUUGUACAUUUAAUGGUGAAAAUUGUUGAUUAUGCUGUAAAUAAAUAUAUUCCUGCAGUGUUAUUAAAACUAAUUCACUGUAGUGAAUUGUACUCAGU